AUGAGGAUGGCGGUACAAAGAACCAGAUUGCUGAAGCAACGAAGCAAGCCAUCACAGAGCAAGGAGGUCGAUGAGGAGGGCGGUACAAAGAACCGGAUUGCUGAACAACGAAGCAAGCCAUCACAGAGCAAGGAGGUCGAUGAGGAGGGCGGUUCAAAGAACCAGAUUACGGGCGUACUAUUUGAUGAUGACUCUAUAAGAGCCGGAUUUGUUCGUAAAGUAUUUUUGCUCCUUACAGCUAUGCUUAUCGUCAACAUUGCCAUGUGUGCAGCCGUUCCUCUAUGCGAACCUCUUAAAGUGAUCAUAUCAGAAAGUAUUUGGAUCAAUAUAAUUGCUUUGUAG